AUGGACGCGGGUAUCUACGAGCACAAUCAAAUUGAUUACGAUGCGUCGAGGUUUCCUACUCAAGAAAAUCUUCUUUCACACGCCAAGGAACAGAUUCUCCGGGCGACACAGAGCACAGAUGUGUUGUAUACGGAUGUCAGCCCUGCCUGGGGGUCCAGUAUCGCAGAUUCCCUGAUAGGCGACAGUGAAGUGAAAGGAAAAUACGCACGGGUCAAUUACAACGUCGUGGCGGAAAUGUUAUGGUUACGGGUCGUCCACACCGAAAUUCAGUGUUGUCAUCAGGAAUGGUUGAAACGGGAACUCUUUGAAUGGAUGCAAACAGGCUUGUUGAGCCAGGAAGAGCGUGACAAGUUCCAUUGGUCGGUUGGGACCACCAUCAGAUCCUUUUCCGGGGACUAUCAGGGAUCUCGAAAGGAGCCCGAUCUGGUCAUCCGGCCUAUGCAUCAACCGCUGCCCUCGAUAGUGAUGGAAAACGGGUGGAGUGGGCUAAACUUGCUCAUGGCGACGGAUGUGCGAGUCUGGCUUCUUGGGACGAAUGCCAACGUCGUGAUGAACUUGGAGUGGACAAAGACCCCUGAUGGAGUUUCGGGAGCCAUCAAGGUUUAUAGUCGCAGCCAGGAUGGUCUGCCACACCUUCGGCAGCGAGUGGUUAUCUUUCCCGCUGCAGCUGAUAGCACCGAGAAUAUCAAUAUCACCCGCGAGGAGCUUUUUGGCCAGCAUCUGCUCCCAGACACCAACCCAGAGGAUAUCCUUCCAUUGAGCAUGGAUGGUCUCCGUCGGAAGGCGAAGGUGGCACUGGCUCGAAUGGGUCUGGUUCCUGCCUAG